UUAUAUUUGGUGGUGAAAUCACUUAGAAAUGUUUAUUAAAAACUUAAUUAUAAUUAAAUUAUUAUUUUUUGUAAAUUAUAUACAUUUUAUAAAAUGUAUUGAUACUAAUGCUACGUUAUCAGAAACUCUUAAUAACCUGGAGGUAAAAAUAACCACCCUAAUUAAUAGUAAAAUGCUUUCGUUAGAACAAUAUCUUGAAAAUGUUUUGAACGACAAAUUAACAGAAAUCGAUCAGCAAAUAAAAUCGAUUAAUGAACAACUGGAGCAAAAAAUGGACAGCAGCAUUAAAAGUGAUAAUACGGAAGAAGAAAAUAUAAUACUUUUCAAUAAAAGUAAACCAGCCUAUAAUGUUAACGAAGUUAGGUGUUCCAAUAAUCAUUUACCCAACAGUUGUUUUGAUCUCAACAAGUGCAACCAUAAUAUAUAUUCUCUUAUGGUGCCUGAAGUCAGUGAUAAACCGUUUCCUGCAGUCUGCGAUUUAAAAACUCUCGAUGGUGGUUGGACCAUCAUACAGCGACGUCAAGAUGGUUCGGAAAAUUUCAAUAGAAAUUGGACAGAGUAUGUCGAUGGAUUUGGAGAUUUAAAUCGUGAAUUUUUUAUUGGAUUAGAGAAACUUUAUGCGCUCACAUCUCUGGGAGUACCACAAGAAUUGUACAUAAUACUAGAGGAUUUUGAAGGAGAAAGAAAAUAUGCCAGAUAUGGUGAAUUUAAAGUUGAUUCGAAAAGUACGGAAUACAAUUUAACAGUGGGUGAUUAUUCGGGUGAUGCAGGAGAUAGUUUGAGUGAGCAUAAUGGUUAUAAGUUCUCUACCUAUGAUCGGGAUAAUGACGAUACUAGCGGAAAUUGUGCCAAACACUUUGGUGGUGCUUGGUGGUAUCAUAGUUGUUACGAUAGUAAUUUAAAUGGUCCAUAUUUAAUGGGAAAAAUAAGUCACACUCAAGGCGGAAUGUCCUGGAAUGAAUUUCGGGGUUUAAAUUAUUCUCUUAGGUUUGCGCAAAUGAUGAUAAGACCUAAGCAGGAUUGAUUCAAAAAACUAAAAGAUCUAAAAGUUUUGCAAAGCGUAAUUUAACUACUGACUAGAUUAUAUACUAAACUAUAGACUAGACUAUAUACUAGACCAUAGACAAGACUCUAGACUAAGUAUAUACUAGACUAUAGAUUAGACUUUAGACUAGACUAUAAA